AUGACGGGCGAUUCUUCAAGCAACGCACCAUCUCCUGACGGCUCGCCGCAGCCCCUACCUGCGCAGUCGGUUUCAGGUCUAGUUCUUCACCUUGAGCAUGAGCUCGAGCGUCUGAAGCGGGAUAAUGCAGAAGUCGAGCAACUGCGUAAAGCGCAGCAGCACUCCGAACGACUGCAGACAGAGAUCGAAGAGGUCAAGGCCAAGUAUGCGCUCCUCGAGAUCAAGGACCACGACCUGGAGAACGCCAUCAUCAAAUUGAGGGAAGACGCGUCGUCGCUGCAGGCGGAGAACCGCGCAUUGCAAGCAUCCAAUACUCAACUGAGGAGCAACAUUACACAGCUCGACGCGGAGAUUGCUCACCUGAAGCACCUCCGUCGUGAGAAUGAAGAACUACGUAAACGUCAUCGGGAGCGCAACGCUCAGAAAGAGUCGCAGCUCCAGCACACCAUCAACCUACGACUCGAUCUGAUGAACGCGACGGCCGCAGUCGACACCAUAUUGGAACACCUCAGUGAGACUCCAGGCGGUAGCGGCCCUACUUCUCCUCGAGCUGCGGCCGACUGUAAGGCCGACUCCAAGGACGAACCCUCCCCCAUCAUUCCCCGCCGUCCUGCCAGUCCCAUCUCGCCACUGGAGUCACCCUCCUCCACAUUCUCCUCAACGACGACCAAAGCCCGACUCUGCAGCCUCAGCCGCUCACCUCCCCGCGGUCCUGCCGCUUUACCAGCUCGCCCCGAUCUCAAAAUCCGCAUCACGGCGCCCUUGCAGGAUCGCAUCACACCUGCACCGACCCCCGAUCACAGGACGUCGUAUAGAAGAGGCGACAAACGCCACCGCGACAGUUGGUCUCCUCGGCGUAGUGGUUACGACAGUGCCAGUGAUGGCGAAUACGGCUAUUCACGCUCCCAUUCGUCACGCUACGCUCCCCGUCGCCGUUCGGAGGCUGAUCACUGGCCGACGGGGUCUGUGGGCGUGCAUGUCUUGAGGGUCGCUGCCCGCGAGUCUUUUCGCCCAUUUCGCAGCAUGGUAUACUCUUACCUAUCUGCUCGUCACUCCCAGGGAGGAGGCGCUUCAUACCUGGGCCCGAUGCGGGGACCCCGUAUAUUUGCCACCCAGGUGACUGACCCAAAGCAGCACGUCGUGUUUAUCCUUCCUGUCAACACUCCAUCUACCGACAUGACUCUCAAGCGACCAGGCUCUCCUGUCGAGCCUAAAUCACCAAAACAUCCCAGAGAAGACUUUGGCCUGGGCCUCGACGAGGACAUUCUUCGCGUCGUACAGGAGCACACUCGACGGUGGAACGCCGAAGCAGACGAACGGAUCCGUGAAGCAACGCAAGCGUACGUGAAGGAAAUCAGCGAUCUCCGGUCCAAGAACGAACAGCUUCAAUGCAAUAUCCAGGCCGUCAGUGAGGGGAAGGAAGCCUUGAUCGCCGACUCACACAACCUGAACAAUCAAGUCAAAUCCCUAGACACUCGUAACGGUGCGUUGCAAGAGGAGAACACCAAGCUUUCGGAGAGAAACGAGUCACUGCUGAAGGAGAUCGUCGGGCUCCGGAACAAGGUGCGCGAGCUUGAGCAUGACUGGAAGCAGGCAACGGACGACUUGGAGGGCGCAGCGGCGGCGGAAGCAAAGUUCGCAGAUCUCCAUGCGCAGAUGGGCGCCGCACUGAGGGUGAUGAGCAGCAAGAGAUCGAACAUACGAGUCUCUUCCUCUCCUCCCGACAACCUCGAACGUCAUCCCAGCCCCUUAGAUCCGACGAACUCCCAUACGCUAGCGAAGCUCAAGACCUCGCCGCCACCAGCACCAUCCCAGGCUGUCACCCGCUCCAGUCUGCCUCAGCGUCCCUUACUCUCCAACUCGGGCGACAUGUCGGACCCCUCAUACCAGCGUGUCUCGAUCAAGGGCAGCCCCAUCGCUCACUCACGGCAUCGCUCUCCGCCCCCCUCUCGUCGCGAAAACUUGGAGCCCGGAGAAAUCGAACGUCGUCGUUCGUGGUUCGCCAGGAGAUAA